AGCCAUUUUGGCUCAAGCCGCUGUGGCUCAAGCAGCAGUGCUCGAGUAACAGACCUAUGGUACUAUCCGAGCUCAGGUGGCCAUGGCGAGUGGGGCCAUGAUCGGAAAGAUUAAUUCUCCCAUCACCACGCUGAUGCUCCGCAAUUUGCCCCGAAGGUACACCCAGGAGCAGCUCCUGAGGGAGAUCCAGGACGUGGUGGGCACCACGGUCGACUACAAUUUGUUGUACGUGCCCUGGGAUUCGCGUAACAAUUGCAACGUCGGCUAUGCGUUCUUGAACUGCUGCGACGCGGAGGGGGCGGAACGGUGUCGCAUGAUCUUCAACGGAUACUAUUUCUGCAGGUCGGCGAAGCAGAAGCAGUGCAGCGUGUUCACUGCCCACAUACAGGGACUGGAGAGCAAUUUGAUCCACCUUCUCACGACAUCCAUGGGUGUGCUCGCCACAGGGGGCCAGCCCGACAAGAACAUGCCAGUCAUCAUCUGGCAGGGGCAGAGGGUCAGGUUUCAGAAAGUCGUCGCCGCCCUCCAGCGCGCCGACGCGCCCGUGGGGCACAGGCCGCUGGCCCAGCCCUGCGGCAGCGCGGGCCCGCUCUUCUGGUCCGACACGGCCCUGCCGCAGGAGCGCGCGCCCUGGCCCGAGGCCACGACGGCUCGCAGGCUGUUCGCGUCAAGCGAGGGCACGACGGCGCCCUGGCCGCCAGCGCCGGCGCCGGAGAAGAGUGCCGCGGAGGGGAAGUGGGAGUCCGCCGCGAGCACGACGACGCCGGGGUUCGUGUCAGAAGCUUCCACGCAGGGGCUUUGGUCUCACGCCAGCCUCCCGCGCUGCGGCCGCUACCGUGAGGGAGACGUCGGCGAGGAGUACAGCUCCCCCGAUCCGCGGAUGGUCAGCAAUGACGGCCACUUCAGCCUCAUGCUGGCAGAGGACGCGCUCGUCCAGCGCAUCGGGGCCGCCAGGGCGGAGCGGCGCCUCGCGCUGCCUCACGCGUCUGAGGCCAGGGCAGCCCUGCUGGAGAGGCGCGUCGCCGCUGCCUCCUCGCCGUUGCUCCCCGCUUCUUCCGGCGCGCCUCCUGCAGCCGCUCCGCCGCAGGAUCCGCGGGCCUCCCCGCACGUGCCGGAGCCGCCCCCGGAGGCCCGCCCCACCUCUGGGCAGCCCCAGGCAGGCCUGCGGCGCUCGCCCGGCCUCGAGCGCGGCGCCCCCGCGAGGCCUGCGGGCGGAGCGGUCGAGGGCGAGGCCGGCGGGGAUCAGGCGCGGCCGCCUACCGCAGCGGCGGAUGGGACGAGAAUUCUGGAGCUGGGGAAUCACCUCAGCUCGCGGGUGUUCGAAAAGUUCUUCGAGAAGCACCCCAACGACCCAGGAGGACGCCCUACCUGCCAUGCUGGCAGCGGGGCUUCCGUGGGCCGCUCUGACGGUGCAGGUAGGCAAGUUGCCGACCAGGGUGCUGGCAGCCCGAAUAUUUUCAGUCUGUGACGAGGGAGCCCUCGCGGGCCAAGUCGAUUCCCUCUUCAUCCUCCAGCUCCGUUUGCUCAUCCUCUUUCUCCUCCUGCUCCUUCUCCGCGACCAUGGGAUUGCUCUCCUGUCCUUUUUCCGAUCUCACCUCAUUUCUUUCAUAGGUUGCGCCUCCUACCUUUCCUACCUGGUCACAGUAGGGCUAGUCAGCCUGGCAGACAGCGCCAGCUGCGCCACGCCGUGGUUCGCCAGCCCCGCAACACCGUGCUGUCAACUGUUUGCCGCUGGGUAUCCACAGCUUGGGGUUCGUAUGAUUCCGUUGCUGGUCGUACACCUCGCCCACACGUUGCCACCCGUUGCCCGCAUCAAAUGCGAAGUGUGGACGCUUAGUUUUCUCUCAUGCGUUGUUUAAUCUGUAUGCUGAUGGUCAGCGAGGCUUCUCAACUCGGGCCGUGCUCUCGCUGUCGAUGGGCGGACGUGCCUCUUUUGCACGGUGUGUGCAAUGUGGCAACUCUCUGUCCCGCACAUGUUCCGAAUAGUUUUCUCUCGCGGCGCCUUCAAUGCACCUUGUAACGUUCGCCAUCAAGCUCAGAAAAUUUAAGUUAAGACAGCCUGAUAGUGUCAACCAUUGCUGUUGCACGCGUUCCAGCCAACUUCGGCCUGCGAAUGUUCUACGGCCGUGGCUACACGGUGUGCCACUAGGCGAUGGCCGUGGAACAGGAGACGGGAUGGGGGAUUGAUGAAAUCAAUGGGGAGAUGGCCACGCCAGCACAUGCGAAAUUCCCACCGCUUGCUGUCGUAGACUGCGCUGUUCGACUUGGUCAGCUUCAUCAGCGUAUGGUAGUCUGCUGGCAGGAUUCGCGUUUGGACCGGCUAGCCCUUCCGGAAA